AUGGCCGACCGCGAAAACGGCGCUCGCCGGAGGAGAUCCAGCAGCAUCCUCCAGGUCUACCACGAACCCCCCGAGACGCUCGAGCAGAUCAGCGACCAGGCCGCCCUGCCCAAUCUCAACGCCAACUGGACGAAUGCAAAAGGAGCCUGGACGAUUCAUAUCGUCCUGAUAGCCUGCCUCAAAAUUUUCUACGAUGUCAUCCCUGGCGUCUCGCAGGAGACUUCGUGGACGCUGACAAACAUGACAUACAUGUUCGGCUCCUACCUCAUGUUCCACUACGUUCGUGGCGUUCCCUUUGAGUUCAACAGCGGCGCCUUCGACAACCUAAACAUGUGGGAGCAGAUCGACAAUGGUGCUCAGUACACGCCCACCAAGAAGUUCCUCCUCAGCGUCCCCAUCGUCCUCUUCCUGCUGAGCACCCAUUACACCCACUACGACCUGGCAUAUUUUAUCAUCAACUUCCUCGCCGUCCUCGGUGUCAUCAUCCCCAAGCUACCAUUCAGCCACCGGAUGCGAUUCGGCCUCUUCUCGGGCCCCCCGGAGGAGUAG